AUGGCAAUUUAUCUGGAUGAAGAAGCUGUUGAAACCAUCAAGAAUCUCAAAGCCUUGCAUCUAUCACAUGAAUACAGAGUUGCUAUGGGGGAUUACAACCCAUAUUCAUUCUUGGCAUUAACAUCUUGUCUACCUAAGCUUGAAUCUUUAGUACUUCAAUGUGAAGAUCAAGAUAUUUUAGAAGGAAUUACAGAUAUAUUACAACCUCAACAUCUUCUCAACAUAUCUUCCUUAUCUCUAGCUCCUGGGGAAGAGCAUGAAGUAAACUGUCAUAUUGUCCAAGCUGUCAACAAAUCUCUCAAAGUGGUUGAACUUCUUCAUACUCCACAUGGGUGGGUUGGUGAUGAUGGUAUCCUUAACUUUUUUGAAUCUUAUAAAGACACUUUACAAGGAUUAUUUACAGCUGAAUUCACCAAGGACAUCAUGGAAGAUGUUGCAAAUUGGAAUUUUCCAAAUUCAAGAGUCAUUGGAUUUUGA